GGCGGCGCCCAGCGCUCGCGCCUCAGUCAUUUCCCGCCUUCCGAACCCGCGGUACUAAACUUCACUUGUUAGCGAACGGAACACUCACUUCCGUAGUGUUUAAGUUACUUCAGUGCACUUAAAUUAUGUUUAAAACAGUUCUAAUUCAAAUAUUAUGUUUAGCAUAAAACAUGGCUAGGGGCCACAAAUUUAAAGUCAUACAUUUUAAAUAAAAUGAAUUAAAAUGGCUGAGAAAUUGAAUGAGUAUCAGGGUGUGGGUGGACGAUGGCACAGUGCGAGGGACAGGUGCAGGGAGCGCUGGGCACAGUGGAAGGAAGAGAAUCCCCAGGGUGUAAGGGAGGCGAUCCGGCAGGCGUUGUUCGCGAUACCGGCGUCUGAUGAGCCCCCUGAUAGAGUCGAGAGAGAGGGGGAGUAUGCUGAUUUAUUUAGGAGGAAAAAUCGCUUAGAAUUAAUGAGGAUAUCAGCAGCGGUUAUGGGGAUAGAGUUCUCUUACGCGGGAGAAACGGCCUUCGUGUCUCCUACUCUUCUUCAAAUAGGGGUGCCUCACCAGCAGAUGACGUUAGUGUGGGCCCUGUCGCCUUUGAUCGGGUUUUUCAUGACCCCGCUGCUGGGGUCCCUGAGUGAUCGAUGUGACUCGAUAUACGGUAGACGGAGACCUUUCAUUGUGUUGAUGUCAAUAGGCGUGUUUCUAGGAUUAAUUUUAGUGCCGAACGGCGAAGAUAUAGGGUACGCACUGGGGGAUCCUAUACCGGUGAACAGGACGGCCACUCCUUCGGCCCUGGGGCCCAGGAGUUCAGCUUUGGAGACGGAGUCCCAGAACCACCACCCCUGGGGCGUGCUAUUCACGGUGUUGGGGACGGUGCUGUUAGACUUCGACGCCGACGCCUGCCAGAGCCCCGCCCGGGCUUAUCUGCUUGACGUGACAGUUCCAGAGGACCAUGCGAAGGGCCUUAGCACGUUCACAGUGAUGGCUGGCCUCGGCGGCUUCAUGGGGUACGCGCUGGGCGGGAUCAACUGGGACGAAACGUCCUUAGGGGCACUAUUCGGUGGUCACGUGAGGGCGGUAUUUUUUCUGAUCACCAUCAUCUUCGUGACGUGCGUGUCGGCCACCGUCACCAGCUUCAAGGAGAUGCCGCUGAACCAGCUCCAUGAGAAGACGGAGAAGUACGGCAAGCUGGACGAGACCGACCAGCUGGAGGAGGAGAGAGGGAGAGAGAGAACGGACGAGAAUGGAGAUUACGAGAAAGAUGGCAUAAAGAGAGAGAAUACGUCGUACGGCACACUCAAUCAGAUACCACAGCCAGAGCCACCGGCUGAAAACAAUGCUACUAUAAAUGUAGAGAGUAUGGGUCACAGCGGGGAACCGCUCUCCCUCUCCCACUAUCUCCGGUCGAUCCUGAUGAUGCCACGAUCCCUCCGCAUCGUCUGCCUCACCAACCUCUUCUGCUGGAUGGCUCACGUCUGCUACUCGCUCUACUUCACCGACUUUGUUGGUGAAUCGGUGUAUGGAGGCAACCCUGCUGCACCAGAAGGUAGCGAGAGCCGGAUCAACUACGAGGCGGGUGUGCGGUUCGGUUGCUGGGGCAUGGCCAUGUACUCCCUGUCUUGCGCCUGCUACUCUACGGUCAUAGAGAAACUUAUUAGAUUUUUUGGGGCCAAGAAGGUAUACGUGGGUGGUCUCUGCACAUACAGCUGCGGCAUGAUGAUGCUGUGUCUGCUGCGGGCGCCGUUCGCCGUGAUCCUGUUCAGCUGGACGGCCGGCGUCAUGUACUCCACGCUCUUCACCAUGCCCUACCUGCUGGUGGCGCAUUACCACUCCACUGGCAUGUGGGACAGCGAGGGCGGGGGUUCUGGUGCUGAGCGCGGCAUCGGCACGGACGUGGCGGUGGUCAGCAGCUGCGUGUUCGUGGCGCAGCUGUGCAUCUCCGUCAUCAUGGGCUUCGCGGUCAAGCUCACCGGCAGCACGGCCGCUGUGGUGGCCGUCGCCGCUACGCUGGCAGCCGCUGCGGCAUUCACCGCUACUAAAAUCACGUAUCUGGAUCUGUAAUGUGGUAAAUAAUCCUACCAUAGGGCAGGCAUGAGCAGAUGCAUUAGCCAUCAAGUCUCAGAGGGCACUCAGGUCUGUAAUACUGUGGAAGGGGAAUGGGCAAACCACCCAAUCGUUGGCAGUCAGUGAAUGACAAUAUACGAUGUUUAUAAUCUCGACAAAAAAGAAGGGUGUUAUAGAUAAGUUUGACGUGUCUGUCAGUCUGCUGCUCAAGACCAACUCUCAGGGGCGCCUCAGUGGUCAAGAAAAUUUAUUUGCUUGAGGAGUGAGGGCGCCAUAAUCUGCUCCGUCUUGCUUGCCACCACGUGCCGGCACUGUCAUUUGUAAAUUGUAAACUACGCGUCUUUCAGUCUGUUUGUUUCUCUGUGACUGUGUGUGUGUCUCUCCGUGGCAUCGUAGCAUUCAAACGGGUGGACCGAUUUUGAUUUAGUUUUUUUGGUUUUAAAACUGACAUUAUAGAAUUAAGAUUAAUUAAAAAAUUCUUAAUAUAAGCACCAAGUAGUACCUAGUAAGUACAAAUUUGCCAAAAAAAUCUAGAACCCACUUCUUGUUCGUAUCUGGACUAUAUUUUGUAAGUAUUGAAAGAUACAAAUUACAAUUUGUAUCUGGUUCUUUUUAAUCAAUUAAUCAAAUCAAUUGUUUUUGUUUUACAUAUUUUCUACUGUAUUUUACAUGCGCGAAAACUUUAAAUUGGCCUUCUUGUGUAGAAUGAUGUUUUUAAAAUAUUAUGUCAACGUAUGAAAGCUCAAAAAUGCAAAAAAAUAAAUUACAUCAUCAUGUUUGUAAUUUAAGAGGCUACUUAACGCUGCUUAUGAUUAUUUGGGUGAAAAAUAUUUAAUUUAUGAUGACUUUGCUCUCUUUAUU